AUGUUAGAUGAUUUGAAGUCCCGGUAUAUAACUUUAGCUUCUGGUCUAUUCGGAGAUUCCAUGAUAGUGGUUGGAAAUAAGUAUUCCCUGUUCAAGAUGUACCAAAGGUUAACGAUAUUACUGGAUGUCCUCAAAUCAGAUGCUGAUUCAAGAUUUGAAGAGAUUAAGAUGAGAUGGAUGGCUCAGCUAAUAGUGAAUUCUUUGUUGUCUGCUGCGCAUACAUUAACAACGCUUCUUGCAUUACUCAACGAGGAUGUUACUUUUGUUGAUUGCAACGACUUUGGUGCCGAGUUUUUAAAUGUCCGAAUCAAUUGUCCAAUGUCUGAAAUUCUCAACAACCCUGAUAAUGAUGCUAUCGAUAUAGUAUUUCCUCGAAAUUUACCUUGGGGCAGUAAUUCUUCACUCGAGGGGCGAGGGAGUUUACUAGUUGCCCAAUUGAACCAUUUCAAUUGUGGCGGAAUAGCAGUCACUCGUGGGGCCAAUUCAACAGAAUUAUUGGGGCUCAAGUUUGGUACAGAUGAUAUAUUCCCAGCAAUGGAAGAUCUUCCAGCUGUGCCUAAUACGGAGCCACUUGAACCACAACGAAUCGUGACUAGACAGUACCAUAUACCUUCCUCUAGUUUAAUCAAACUUAAGGAUAUAGUUGCAACGAAAUCACCGGUGCAGAAUCCAACUCGUGUUGAAGUUGCAACAGCACUCCUUCAUAAAUGUGGAGUGAGUGCGGCAAAUGAUGAGUCGGGCUCGUUCCAACCAUCAUUUUUGUGCAAUGCAAUGGGAUUUCGCCCAUUGCUGCACGGCCAGUUAAACACUAUCGGUAAUCUUGUUACUUUCCUUGUCACAUUUGCAGGUACGGAGGAGGAGAUACAAGUGCCUAAUUAUGUCGCACAAUUACGCAAGGCUAAAUGUGAAUUUCGAGACAAAUUGAAGGAUAAUAUGAAUAAUCCAAAAGAAGUGAUAGCAUCACAUACAUUUGAAACGCUCAAAGUUGGUGCAGAUAUAUUAGAGGAACAUAAACCUGAUUUGUAUUUGUGUAGCAGCCUGUGCAAUUUGGGGCUAUACGAUACAGUUGAUUUUGGAUGGGGCAAGCCUGUAAGAGCAACCACAGCGAGUCGUCGAAAUCCAGUAAAGAACUACUUGUAUUUCUUAGAUAACCCAAAAGGAGAUGGGAUAAAUGCGCUAGUCACAUUGCCAGAGAAAGAUAUGCCAUAUUUUGAAAGUAACAAAGAGCUCCUCCAGUUUGCUUCCCCGGGCCAUCAUUUCAGUAGCUGUUAA